UCUCCCGCACUCGCCUCUCUGCCGCCUUCUUCUGGCACACAGGAGUUUAACUCCUGGCUCUUCAUGCUCAACUUAUUGACGGUAACCGGUCACUGAUAAUCGACGCGGCUUUCGGAAUACAGUUUGGUGAAUUGUUUUCGCGGUACCGUAAGCGAAGGCUGAGCAGCGCGUGUCCGGACCGCAGUCCCAUCCCCGCCGUCAGUCAGUGACAUUGACACAUCAGUAGUGUUGUGCUGCUGUGCACAAGUUACUGUGUGUACGGUAACGUUUCCCCGCAGUUCCCCCUGCUUCUGCUACAAUGAGCGAAUACUUCAGCCUGUCGGACAGUGAUGUUAUCGGCUUCGACCUGGACCACACGCUCUGCCGCUACCAUCUGAAGGAGACCUCCAGGCUGAUCUAUGAGAGCUUUGCCAGGUUUCUGGUGGAGCAUAAAGGCUAUGACAAAGACCUGCUGAACCUAACCCCUGCUACCUGGGAUUUCUGUUUUAAAGGACUCGUGGUGGAUCUGGAGGAUGGAAACCUUGUGAAGCUGGCUGAAGAUGGAACUGUCUUGCGAGCGACACAUGGAACCAACAACCUCAGCACAGAAGACAUCAUCAAACAUUAUGGUCCUAAAAGGGAGUGGAAGCACUUCAACAGUCUCAAUACAUCCUUCACAAGAUCUGCAAAAUACUAUUUCUAUGACAACUACUUUGAUCUACCUGGGGCUCUCCUCUGUGGAAGAGUUGUGGACAUGUUGCAUAAGAGAGGAAAUGAGGUGAACUCUGACUUUUGGAAAGACAUGGUUGCUGCCAUCGACCACAAUUACAACACAUCUGCGUUCAAAGACGAUGCAGGGACGUACUUCCCCAGUGUGAAGAGGGACCCAGGCCGGUACCUGCAGCCCUGCUCUGACUCUGUCAAGACCUGGCUGCGCAGCAUGAAGAAUGCCGGGAAGAUCCUCCUCCUCAUCACCAGCUCCCACAGCGACUACUGCAGGCUUAUCUGUGAACACAUCCUGGGGAAGGAUUUCGAAGAGCUUUUUGAUGUCAUCAUCACAAACGCCCUGAAGCCUGGUUUCUUCUCCUUGGUGCCCCAGCAGAGGCCCUUUAGGACCCUUGUGAACGACGUGGAGGAGAGCGAGGGGCUGCCGUCACUGGACAAACCCGGCUGGUACUCCCAGGGCAACUGGCCGCACCUCCUCGAGCUGGUCAAGACCAUGACAGGCAAACAGGAGCCAAAGGUAGUGUAUUUUGGAGAUAGCAUGAGGUCGGACAUGUUCCCUGCCAGCAGCUUUGGGAAGUGGGAGACAGUGAUGAUCGUGGAGGAAAUGGAGGGGGAGGGCGUUCCGAAGAGUGAUGCGGCGAUGUCCAAUGAGGCCCAGGUGGAGCCGCUGGAGAAAAAGGGAAAGUUUGAGGAGCAGGGCAUGAAGUCACCCUCUGAUGUGUCCAAGCAGUGGGGCUCCUACUUUGUCGACGUACAUAAAAGCGGAGGAGGUGACGAGGAGACCCAGAAACUGACCUGGUGCUGCCACUGCAUUCACAAAUAUAGCACCAUGGCCAUCCCUAGUGUUGAGCACAUAGCAGAUCUCCCUCUGGAUUACAAGUUCCCCAGGUUUUCUCCGGAUAAGCCCUGCACCACAGGCUACUACCCCAGGCCCCCGGAUUCUUUGCUGAAAUGGUGCGAGAGUCUGUCUUAAAAAAAAAAGGAAAAGGUUAAAAAAAGAAAAAGUCCUCCCUAACCCCUCUGCCUCAGGAGAGGAAUGUGCCUCCAUUUUUGCCUGUAGUUUCCCACCUGACCCCGCCGCCAUCUGUGGAGCACAGGAAGCAUACACACCUCACCCAUUCGGAGAAACCAUGUGAAUGUAAGCCACAGUAUCUCUCUGUAAUAACACCUACAUUUGAACGUCGUUUUGUGGUUUAGUGUACCGUACACGUGGAAAUACGACAAAAUAAGUGUGUAUGUGUGUGUCUGCAUACAGUAAUAAUAGGAAAUGUAGUGUUUUUAUUGUUUCAUGUGUGAGGCCCCGUAUUAUUUUCUAUGGUAGAUUGUUUAAAAAUCAGAAUUCUUCGAACUUUUCCAAAAUAAAGUGAACAUUUUACUGUGUCUUUAUCCCUGAAGUGAUUACCUCAAGAACGUUAUCUACUGUAAGCAGAACCCAGAUGGUCACAGUGUGUUUGUCCCUAAAAAUCCUUUGGAGUCAUUGUGUCAGUAUUUCUGUACAACACUGUUAUUGUGAAGUCUACUCUAUUUUUUAAAUAUAGUUUUACUGUAUGCAUUUUUAGUAACCUUAACAUUAGAUUUAAGGUCUACUGUUUACCCUGUGUCAGUUUCGUAGAAGGUGUUAAUCUUCAGGUCAUUGUUGCUAACGAAAUGGCACAAUGCGGUCCUUUGUGUUGGCUGUCUCAAAAAACACUUUGAGAAACACCUAAUAAUAAUAAUGGAUGAUGAAGACUAUGCUAGAUGUUCUCUGUAUUAUUUUGGUGCAACAGUGACAUGUGCUCUUUGAGUGAUUGUGUAAAAACGUGGACUACUUGUGCUUCAUUCAUAUGCAGUACCACAUUGAGAUAUGCUUUACCGACUUUUGAAUGGUUAUUUUGUCGGUGUGCAUAGACAAGUUGUGCCAUAAUAUUUAAGGAACACUAAGUUUGGGAGAAAUCUGUGGAAGUUUGCUUGUUUCUCUCAUGUCAGUGAAGAUUGAUUUCGGAUUUGUCUCUGUGAAUCCAGGAAGUAGCCAGCUUAGCACUGAGACUGGACCACUAUUCCGUCCAAUGGGGAAAAAUACAACUUGCAACAACUCCAAAACUUAAAUGUUUCAUCUUGAUAGCCAGCAAUCUUGACAUAAAAACAAGAGUCAGUUGGGUUUAUUUGACAGCAGAGUUUGGACUGUGUGCAAACUAGAGGUCAUCACAGAUCCAUUAGUUGUAUAGUGACUGAGAACCGAUCAGGUCUGAAUUAUAUUCGGUGUCUCAUAGAGUGCUUCAAAAAUGCGUCACAAAGCCUGAAAAUGGGUGAGUGUCUUUUUACUUCAGGUUCCCUCAUCUCAAAGUCAGCGGGUUUUUUAAUUGUUUUUUGCUCAGAUGAAAUUAGUUCUGUGGUUAUCACAAGCUUAAGAGGCUUUCUUGCUUUGUUCUACGACAUAAAAUACGUCAGUAGAUGCCCCACCUAUGAAUUUUUAAGCUUUUACGUGUCCUAAAAAAGGUGGUCACUAAUUAGAGAAAAAAUAAGACUACAGAACAUCAUCACACUGAACACGACUCUACAGUCUUGUUUUGGUGGCGAAGUUUAAGUCAGGAGACUGUUGUGUAGUUCAUUUAGAGCCUAACUUUAGCUUUUUACUUCCAGCGAUUGCAUUUACGCACAAAUCAUAAAGGUUGUGUUCAUUUGCGAGGAUUAUCUUACUGAACAAAAUUUGUUAGUAUCAUAAAUGUUUGUUUGCCACAGAGCAUUUUUUUUGCAAUAAUCCAAAAUCCAAUGCAAAAAUCCCAUCGUCUUUUUGUCAAGGGAACCAUGGCGAUGCUAAUUUCCGGGUUGGGCUUCAGAAUAAGUCAUCCCUGAAGCACUCUAUUUGGCUGCAGUCACAUCCCAUUUCCGAGUCUUGGUUGUGGUACCUAACUGGACCCAGAAAGACUCAGUAUUCGCUAUCAUCUGUUUGGGUCAGUUCAGGUCAACCAAUUUUGGCUCCGUCUAAAUAUCCUUCUGGUCACGUCUGAGUGUUUGUGGGUCAUGUCUGGGCUGUUAUCAUGAAAAAUAAUCUGUAGGCAAUGGGACAAGAUCUUUGUAUCCAAAGCGUUUUGGUUGUAGUCCGAGUAGUAUUGAGGGAUCACAUUUGAGCAGGCUUUGGUUCCCUCUAGGUAAACAGUCCAUGUGGAGAGCAAAAGAGGCAGAACACAGUGGCCAAAAUGCAAUCUCAAGACCCAUCGCCUAUGUCUGACGACUUAGCUUUUCAUUAGAUAGCUAGUUAGCGCAGAUGUUGUCUGGACCUGUCUCAAGUUACUAAUUAAACUGUAAACAAUGACCUGCACAUGGAAGAGGAAGUCUUCACUGGAAUGCCCAAAAUAUUGGCCAUUGCCCCUAGAAGGUAUAUCAUCGCCAGACCGAUAACAGAUGGAUGUCGAGAUUGGUGUAAACCUGGCAACCAGGCAGGGAGAGGACAUUUGAAAUGCCACAGGCUAAGCUGUUAAGUUAAGUUCGAACAAACAAUGACGCACAAAUGAUUAGUUCGAAUAAUUUGAAUAAAGUCAGCAAAUAGCUUUGACUUUGUCUGUGAGUUCUUCCAUGUUACAUCUCAGGUGGGCUGCUGUUAUCUGUUCAGCACAUAGCUAGUUCAUGAAAUUUUGCAUUAGUGAAGGGAACAACAAUAGCCUAGUUUGCUAAGGGGCAGGCAAUAGAACAAAGUGACAAAGCUUUUCAUGGUAGGCUACACCCUCAUUGUUUGACAGAAACAAGACACAAAUAUAAAUAAUACUAGUUUGGAGUGUUUAGAUGUACUUCAAAUGGAGCCAUGAAAGCUUCUUGGCUAGCUGCUAGCUUGUUUGCCAGUUAGUUUCUUUUAGCCUUUGGGCUAAGCUGAGCUAAACAUCCCGGAUCAGUCUCUAAGCUAACCACACAGAGAUGAAACUGAUUUCAAUCUUCUCAUCUGGCUCUGAGUGACUCAUCAAACAAGGAUUUCCUAAACGUCCUCUCAGAUGACCAUCAUCUCACAAAUGUAGAGAGAAUAUUUUGACAAUAAGCAGCAUUUAGCUGUCAGCAUGUAUGUGAGAUUGGUCAUCCAAAGUGAAUUAUUACUUUUGCUGUGUGUGCAAGUGUGUUAUGCAUACAGCUGUGGUGAUUGUAUUUUUAUUUUCUCAUCCAACCUGGAAAAUUUGACAUGCACAUUUGCCUUAUGUUGGAUUCAUUUGUGGUCUUAAGUUAUUGAAAACACAGGGAAAGUUCAAUUCUGUGUUCAAGUGUUGAAGUACUGUCAAUGAAAUAAAAUGUUCUACAAUUUUCUUAAA